CAGAGCCAGCCGCCCUCUGGCGUCCGCCGUCCUCCCGGACCUUUUCUUCCCGGGUCGUGUUUCUGAGGGGAUCCGAUGCUGACGGACUCGGUGGAGCCGAUGUUCCGAGGCCCUAGCGGGAGGCCACAAGCGUGAGCAUCCAUGGCGGGGCAGCGCUUCCCGGUACCCCGGCUCGAGGGCGUUUCGCGGGAACGGUUCAUGCAGCACCUCUACCCACAGAGAAAACCUCUUGUGUUGGAAGGAAUUGAUUUGGGGUCAUGUACAAGCAAAUGGACAGUGGAUUAUCUAAGCCAAGUUGGAGGGACAAAAGAAGUAAAAAUUCAUGUUGCUGCAGUUCCACAGAUGGACUUCAUUAGUAAGAACUUUGUAUAUAGAACUUUACCUUUUGACAAGUUGGUCCAGAGAGCAGCUGAAGAAAAACAUAAAGAAUUUUUUAUUUCAGAGGAUGAGAAAUAUUAUUUACGGUCACUUGGAGAAGACCCUAGAAAGGAUGUUGCAGAUAUCAGAAAGCAGUUUCCUUUAUUGGAAGGAGAUAUUAAGUUUCCCAAAUUCUUCAGAGAGGAACAGUUCUUUUCCAGUGUCUUUCGAAUUAGUUCACCUGGAUUACAACUUUGGACUCAUUAUGAUGUAAUGGAUAACUUCUUAAUACAAGUGACAGGAAAAAAGCGUGUUACAUUGUUCAGUCCUCGAGAUGCACAGUAUUUGUAUUUGUCAGGUUCUAAAUCAGAAGUGCUGAAUAUAGAUAGCCCAGACUUGGCUAAAUAUCCACUCUUUUCCAAGGCUAGAAGGUAUGAAUGUUCCCUUGAAGCUGGAGAUGUGUUAUUCAUUCCUGCUUUAUGGUUCCAUAAUGUAAUUUCUGAAGAGUUUGGAGUGGGAGUGAAUGUCUUUUGGAAGCACCUUCCUUCUGAAUGCUAUGAUAAAACAGAUACCUAUGGCAACAAAGAUCUUAGAGCAGCAUCAAGAGCAACACAAAUCUUGGACAGAGCCUUAAAAGCACUGGCUGAAUUACCAGAGGAAUACAGGGAUUUCUAUGCACGGCAAAUGGUCUUACACAUUCAAGACAAAGCCUACAGCAAGAACUUUGAAUAAAAAAAAUGAAAUGAAUGCAGUAAAAGUAAAAAUUUAAUAAAAUUUAGCUCAAUAUUGGAAAAGUAUAGUAAUAUAAACUUUUAAAGAUUCAUUCUUUGUUAAAAUAGGGAAGAAAUCAAUCUCAGAUUUACGGUUAAGUAUUGAGGGGGUUGUUUGUAUAGUUUCUACUUAACAGAGAUUGUUAACAGACCACUAUGGUGGGA